UGAUCAUUACAUACAUUAGGUUAGCAGAAGCAUCUGUCUGUGUAUGUUUAUGUGUCCGGCUGUAGUUCGAUUUAUCGUUUCUUUGUGAAUUGAGUGCGUACCAUAAAAGCUUGAGACACGGCACCCUUGUGGAAUAAGACCAGGAACCUGCCGAAAUGAUGAAAAUGAAUAUUAAAAGGUGAGCAUCACCAUAAAACUACAAGAAAAAUAAUCGAAAGUGCUAUGAUUGCAUUGACACUCUUCCGUGCUCCCAAAACUAGGAUCAUUAGGGUAGAUUCAAGAUAGAGGUAUCAGAAAGUGCUUUCCUUCAUCAAAGUUUUGACCUGAUUUGUUCUUCGUGUUCGUCCUUCCCCUAGUCUUCGUCGGCCCUGUAAUAAACGACUCCCACUCGUGGAAAGAACUACUUCCUUCGAUUUCAUCGACACUGUGGCUACAACAAUCAUCAUGAAAAUGAUGGGGCUCGUCGGUGCACUAUUUUUUGUGCUUUCCCUCGCGGAUUGCCUUCUGGGCGUCGCUUUAUUCAACACCGUGCUGGCGCAAAUCGUGGAAGGCCUCUUGGUCUUCGCCUUGGAGCAAGAUAAUCAUGUGCAGAAGAGCUCGUAUUUGCGAGGUGGAUCUGCGACGACGGCAGGGGGGGCGGAUCACGGUUCUUUAUGCGUGGUUUUUGUCAUUAAUGAAAUAGCAAAACUCCUUAGAAGAGAUGGUCAUUGUAUACCGUAAUCGUAAGAAAAGUCGCGUAGAUCCACAUCCAUUUUUUUCCGUGAUGUUGUGAAUUGUCAUGAUGUUGUUGGUACUUCUUAGCUAGAGCAACCAGCUUUCUCGAUAGUGUUGCAGCUAGUACCCACAAGUCUUUGGUCUUGAGAGACUCUUCAUCAAUAAUGACUAUGAACAAAGCUAGAGGAGACUUCGUCUAGCAAACAGGCUUUGGAUAGAAGUAAGACUGUGAAUAUAGCUAAGUUGCAGACGCAUAUGAUGGAGAUCGGUUCCUAGCUGUGAGAUGGCUUCAGCAUUCUUAUUGUAGAGUCUAACUCUGCAAGAUCGCACUGAGGAUGCGCGUUUUCUGAAGCAAAACGAGACUGCGAUGGCGGUGGGGUUCGAGGAUAUCCAAGAAACUGGUUAUCUGCAAAGACAUGAAAGCAUCAAAAAAAGGAGCAGGCAAAAGUCCACAGUGAAUGUGGAGAUCGUGUGGACGCAGUACGGUGCUAGUGAGCGUGAUGGUUUGUUGAUGUGCCACCCCACUUAUGUUGAAAGGUAUUAAUGAAUAUUUAUAUUACUCCAAAUGAUCCUUUUUCAUAGCUAGACUUUUCAAUGGCAACAUCAUUUCAAGUGAUUCAUUCCCGAUGACUUCUAUUCUUCAACAGUACCCAAGGGAUAUCCUUGCAGGAUACUUCACGGGGAUGAGCACUGCAUUGCUUUAAAAAUCCAAGUCGGUUCGAGAAUGUCGCUGGGAACGCGUGGGGACCAGUUGCGGCUGGUGGGGGCGGGGGUCGUGCAAGGCUCCGGUUCCUAUACAAAUCAUCUGGACGAUGAAUCAUGAGGAGGAUCAAAAAAUGGUUACUAGACAUAAACCGUUUUUGAAAAAAUUUUAUGACCCUAAAGUUAAAAGCAUGGAAGUGCCUCCCGAGAUUUUCAAUGAGCUGACGGACAAGGUGGUCGCAAAAACGGGCCCGCUAGAAUACACAACACCGACACUGAUCUUCCAACAUACUGAGGUGUGUAAAUGUGAAUAAGAAAAUGAAAGUAUUUUUCUACUAGUUGUAGAAGUAGAUAGUACUAGGUUGUGUUCUCUUUCGUGGUUAUCUUCCUUACAGUUGUGGGAGAAGAAACAAGGGAACGCAAUUUCUUUGCUUAUCUAUAAUCAGGAAAUGAGUAUGAUCAUACCUUGUAUCUACUCAACGUAGCUUGUUGCAGCUUCGUUGUACUUUACACUUGGGCUGUUCUUCCUUUAUGGGUGAUUAAAAAUGGCCCUGUGGGGAGAGAGUGUCAGGUGUAAGUGGUCCGUGAAUCUAUUCAUUUCCUUCAACAUGCUUGACUAGUAAUUUCAAAUCUAUCAUGUGCUACCUCAAAAACAAAGAUAUUUUUGAUUGUUACAUCACCGAACCGUUCUAAAUUUGAGGCUUGCAGUAAUGUUGAGUCUGAAAGCAGAUGACGGCCCAACAUCAACUGCUUCCUAUUCAUAAAGCUUCUCAUGUUCCAUAUCGAUCAUUUAUCUCCUGCAUAUUCGACGUAACAACUCCACUCCUGAAUUUGGAUUUCAAUGCAUGAACGUUAUCACAUCUCAACAAGAACACAACAAUUCACCAAACUAAAGUACGCAGCUAUCUAACAAUAAUAACAUCAAGAAACUAGUACAACUCACAGUUUAAGUCGCAGCCUCUGGCUGAAGACAUACAGGCACCAUAGAACAUACGACGUGAAUGCAUUCAACAUUCCACGAAAGCGAUGAAACAGCUCGUGAUCCUAUGUAUACUUAUAAAAUGUAGAAAAGCUACGAAACUAGAGACAUUCAUAAUAACGGCAACAAUGAAGUCAGCAAAAGAACUCGUACUCGAUUGAUUAGUGAACUUGAUUAGCAUGAGGAAACACUCGAACCGAUCAUGUGAUGAGACGGGGACGAGAAGUUCUAGUAUUGCUAAUCAGUUGGUUGAGGUUUUCUUGUGGUGUAUGAAACUAUCGCAGAGGAAUGACUACUUCCACCGAGGUCGUGGCCAUGCCUAAUCUAUGAAGACAAGAAUCACAUAGGAGACGCGUGUGCUUUUCUUGAUGUGCUAGAUGCCUUGAGCAAAUACUUAAGCAAUUUGAUGCUUCUUCUCUCCUCUUCGAAUAGUAUGAAGGUGGGCAGUCUAGUCACGCGAGGAGGUGGAUCAGUGUCGCAGCGCGAUCGCUGGCGGUUCUUUUUGAGCUAGCUUUCUUGGCAUUUAGAAUAGUAGGCCAGAUUGAUGAGUUGUAAGACGAGGCUUCUAUAAUAUUCAAGAGAAGUAGCACAAGUAGGCCUCUCCUUCCAUUUGUGGGCUAUCCUGGGAAGGAGGUGGCGAGCCGUCUUGAUCAUCAAUGACACGCAGCGGAAUGCGGGGGGGGCCCUCUUCCUCAAUCUGUUCAUGGAGGACUCCCUAGUCUCAUGAAUCAGAUGCGUCAGCCACAGGUCUAAUUGCUGACCUGGUGCUGAUCAUGAGUCACGCUAGCUUGACAAGAUGAGCCGGCUAGGUGGACGCAUGUGCGCGCGUUUCUCACGCCAAGUAAGACCAAUGCAAAACGCACGACCAUACAUUUCUUGACUUUCAUUUCUUGUUGCCAUGAUCGAUGUCUUGAGCAAAUAAUAACCUUGCUGUUUGUCAGCACAGACACUGCAAGGUGUCUGAGUGAUGCCUUCCAGUUGUGAU